GUUUAAGUUUUGGCGGGAACUAACAAGCAGACAACUCGAGAGGAAUGUGUCAAUGUGGAAUUGUGGAUGUAGGUUGUUUACCGAUUAAAAAAUCUGUUCGGGAAGAUAUACAUGCUAAACUAAUAUUAAAUGUGAAAACUUAUUAAGUUUAAAAAGUCAAUGUCUAAAACAACUGGGAAAACGUGGUCCGAAGGGUAUCAUUUUGCUCCAAACAGCUCAAAAUACCUGGCAGGAGAUCCAGAUGUAAAAUUUGUCGUUUUUGAUACGUCGCCAGAUAACAGUGAAGACGAAGAACUAGUUCCUUGUUUGGAAAGAAAAUUGAACGAUGGUAUUGAUCAAGUGAAGUCUCAAGAACCAAUACUUACAAAGGAAAUUAAUUUGGUUUUGUCAAAAAGUGAUGACAAUGAAAUUGAUAGUCAGUGUUCCACAUCAAGCAAUGAUCUUCCGUUGAGUCCUUCCACCAGAGAGGAUAUGAUACAAUACUUGAACUUUUGUGCAUCAAAAAAACUUAAAAGAUGAGUGCUGAAGAUGAAAAACGAGUUGUAGCCUUGAUUGACAUGGACUGUUUUUAUGUUCAAGUGGAAGAGAGAGAAAAUCCUGGCAACAAAGGAAAACCUGCCUGUGUGGUGCAGUAUAAAAAAUGGAAAGGGGGUGGUAUUAUUUCGGUAAAUUAUGAAGCUAGAGCGCAAGGAGUAACUAAGCAGAUGAGAGGAGAUGAAGCCAGGGAAAAAUGUCCAGAUUGCAUUCUUUACAGAGUACCUGAACAGCGAGGAAAAGCUGAUCUCACAAGGUACAGGGAUGGAGGAAAAGAAGUCAUUGAUGUGAUGUGCAGCUUUGGUGUCGUCGUAGAGCGCGCCAGUAUUGAUGAAGCAUACAUAGACAUGACCGCGGUUAUAGAUAAAAUGCUUUCAGAUUCCACAGCCACUGCGAUCGAUCUUGAAGAGCUUCCAAACACUUACUUUGUUGGAUGGGGGAACGACACAGAUGAUGUAAAAGGUGUACACGGGUGGUUGCAAGCGUUAUCGGAAGGAAAUUGCAACGAUAAUGACUGGAAAUUAACAUAUGGUGCUAUUUUGGUUGAAAAGAUGCGCGCUGCUGUUUAUGAAAAAACCGGAUUUCGUUGUUCUGCUGGGAUUUCCAACAAUAAAAUGUUGGCGAAACUAGCUUGUGGCAUCAACAAGCCCAACAAGCAAACCGUUUUGCCUUUUCGUUCCGUUGAGGAAUUUUUUACGACGUUUCCUUUAAAGAAAGUUAGAAAUCUUGGUGGUAAACUUGGUCUUGUUCUACGAGAAGAGUUCCAUUGUACUACUAUGGCAGAUAUCGUAAAAAUUCCCGAGCGGGUCUUGCAGGAACGUUUUGAUAGUAAGACGGGCACGUGGCUUUACUGGUACGCCCGAGGAGUGGAUCAUGAGUCGGUCAGCUCCCGCAGACUGCCCAAGUCCAUAGGCUGUAAUAAAAAUUUCACUGGUUUAGCUGCACUAGAUUCUCGGGAGAAAAUAAGCCAUUGGCUAGAAGAGUUAUGUGCUGAAGUUUCUGAGCGACUCGAGAAAGACCGGGAAACGAAUAAUAGAACGGCAAAACUAUUAACUCUGACGGUUCGAUUAGAAGGCGAUAUACGACCGUACUCUUAUACUCGUUCAAUUCCUCUGACUUCUUCAUACGAAAAAAUGCACAUGGCAAACGCUUGCUUGGCAGUUAUUAGUAAAGAAAAUCCUUGUUUCAAACAAGGCAACACUAGAGUUCCAGUGGUUGUUACCUGCCUUGGAGUUUCAGCUAGCAAGUUUGUUGAUCAACUGGAAAAUAAUUCCAGGAUCGAUCGCUUUUUUGUCACUAAAAAUAGUGCUGAAACCAACAAGGAAAAAGAACCCUAUGCAGAACAGGAAGCAUUGCAUGAAAACGAUGAUCUAAACGAAAACAGUACUGAUCAGGAGGAUGAAGAAAAUGAAUUUGUAGAAACUGAAAGAAUCUUGGAUAUUGAAGAAGAAAGUAUUACGGCACCAGAACCAAAUACAGCCGACUCUGCUUCAGAGUGCACUGAAGCAGAGCCUGUAUCAGUCCACAGAGAAAUGAGUUCAAUGCCUAUUUCCAAUCAAGAUAACUGUGGAAUAGUGAAAAAAACUGGGUUUUUUGCUUCUCGUUGCCUUGACAAAAACACUCCAAUACAAUCAGCUAAAGAAUCUGUUCCUGAAGCAGCAGCCCUGAAAAUGGUGGGUCUUCAAGAGUCAUUCUCCGUUGAAGAACUAUUUCCAGAUUUAAAUCAAGUUGAUAUGGAUACCCUAGCUCUACUCCCGCUUCAUCUACAGCGCCAAGUUUUACAAGCAAUCGAGGCUAGGAAAGGUAGUUAUGGAAAUGAUAAAUUCGUUGUAUGUGACAAGUGCAAACAACAAUUUCUCCGAGAAGAAAUCGAAGAACACAAAGAUUUCCAUUUGGCGUCCGAAUUGCAAAAGGAAUUUUCUGCCCAGCCUUCUACUUCUUCAUUGGCCAACAAUUCAAAAGUCCAGACAGCCGAGAAAAAAUCGUCGAAGAGGCCGUUGAAGAACCAGAAGAAGGCAGCCAAGGAUACCAAGCGCUCAAGGACGAUAGAUUCUUUUUUUGGAAGCCAGUCGUAGUAAAAAAAAUGUAAGUUCAAUUUAUCAACCAACAUGUACUAAAAACCCGUCAAAAUGAUUAGCAAUAUUCUGGCGAUUGUAGUAAAAAUAUUGUUUUUUUUUUAUGUAAUUUUGUGUGAACCAACCGGUGGUGAGUCAAGUGAAGAAUGCGGAUUCGGAUUCGCCAGAAUUCGUCUCUCUGAUUGGUCGGAUUCAUGAAAACCUUCUAAAAACCCUCUACCGGCAAUCCGUUCGAACUAAAUUUCCCGUGUAAGCUUAUGGGAGACGGAUUCUUCAGUUGACUCACCCCGGGAGGGUGGAGGAUAUUAUUGAAUAUUGACAGAAUUGUUUCCAAUUUUUAUUCAAAUAAAAAUAUUGAUGAAUUUGUAA